AUGCAGAAAGGCAAGAGAGAUAGUAGACUCAGCGCACUGCCUGACGACAUUUUGGUCAACAUUCUCGACCGACUCAAUGUCCGCGAUGCUGCAAGAACUAGCAUCCUCUCGAGACAGUGGACUCAACUCUGUGCCAAGCUGUCUCGGCUUAUAAUAAGUGCUCCACACUUCCUGCCCCACGGCGUGCGUUACACCGACAUCUCUGAUGAUGAAUUGGUUCGCAUCAACGUAGCGGCAGCUCAAGCGACAGAGAGCAUACUGACACACAGAAAUCCUGGAGAACACACCAUCCGCCUUCUGUCCACGACAUUCUACUUGAGAGAUGAUGUUCCCAUAUCCAUUGGACGUGCUGUUGGUCAUGCCAUGGUGACGCACUUGGUCGAGAAUGCCAAGUUCAGUGUCAUGACAGGGAAGUAUGACAUCAUGGACAUUGAUGAUGAUGACCUGGUCACCGGUGCGAGAAAAUUCAUGUCGUUCUUUGAUGCUUGUCCAAAUGCAUUUGGCGGCCUCACUGCUCUCGACCUAGAGAAUUUGAGAUUUGGUGAAUCAGACAUAUCCAAUGUUCUCAUCACUUGCAAGUGGUUAAAGCAUCUGCGUCUAUUCAACUGUGACUCUGGUGAUGAUGGCAGCGCGUUGCAAGUUGAACACGCCCAUCUCAGUGAGCUUAGUAUCGUCCAAUGUAAGCUUGCCAUAGUUGAGCUGAACUGGCUCUCUCAACUCACAAGGUUGUUCUUUGAAGGUUGGCUGCGGUACCAAGAUCCGCUGUUAAUUGGUCAUGUCCCAUUGCUAGAGGUUGUAAGCCUCGCAAAUAUUGCCCUUAGUUACAACAAGAUGGUGAAGUUAAGUGAGUUUCUUAGUGGUACCUCUAUACGUGUUCUGAAGUUGGGAUUUAAUUCUGAAAAGAUUUGGGUGCAGCCAGAAUGUCGGACGCAAUGUCUGGCAUCUGUUUUCUGCCAACUAAGGUUUGUGAAUCUGUUUCAUCUUCCUGAAGGGUACGAUCUCACCUGGACAAUGAAUGUUCUUGAAGCUGCGCCCUUACUGAAGGAGCUAUACAUGACGGUAUGGGAUCAUGUGUGUGAUAUGGAAAUGGACGAGGAGAAGAGGAAAGAAGGAUCAUAUAGUGAGAACAAGGGUGUAGAGUGGGACUCGACUGCAGCAGAUUUUCAACACCACAGCUUGGUUACACUUGUCAUUUUUGGCUUUGAAUCUGAAGAUUGCUUUGUGAGUUAUGUCAGACGUGUUCUGGUGGCGGCCGUCAAUCUAGAGGAUGUGUUCCUCUAUAGUACGUUGCAGUGUCGCAGUUGCCGGGACAUGAAGAAGCUUGUCAGGUACCCCUGGACUAAACGGCAGAGAAUCUCAUUGAAGAAGAGACUCACCACCGGGAUCGAGUCAUUUGCGAUAUUUCACUAUGGUGAGAUGAGGCCUGGUCAUCUAGCUAAAAGGGUGUACCCAAAGUGCUCAAUGCUUGAGGAAAAAAAGGUUUUUGUGUGAGGUGUGUUACAAGUGUUGGUAGGUGUUGAUUUAACAGUGAAGUAUGUUAGAAGUGUUGUUACUUUUGAUUGAGAGUUUGUUUUACCGCGUGAACGGCAUUAUUAAGUUGUCACCUCAAGAACUAUA